CUCCGAACACGGACCGCUUUAUUCGGUGGCUUUGUUUACCUACGAGGUUAGUUCCAGUUUUAACAAGUGCGCAGAAUGAAGGUAAUUUGUGCUGGUGCUGCUAAAACUGGAACCAAGUCGAUGGCGAGAGCGCUACGGUUGCUUGGAUAUAACUCAGUUUUCGACAUCGAAGAAGCAAUUGAAUUUGCUUUUAAAGAAUGGGAAGAUAUAUGGGAGGGGAGAACCCCUGACAUGGGACCGAUGCUGGAUUCUGUAUACGCUGACGUUGAUGCAGUCGUUGACUUGCCCCAUUCGUAUUUCUUUGAUAAAUUCUUGGAACGGUGGCCUAAAUCAAAGGUGAUAUUAAUGACACGUGAUGAAGACGCCUGGUUUACAAGUUAUAAGAAUAUGGUGGAAAAAGCGCAAAAGAAUUAUUGCAUAUUGCUCAUAUUCUAUUAUUUAUCACCCUGCAUAAAACGUAUGGCGGAUUGGUACCUCAAACUGUCCGAAAUUACUGUGGGGAGCGGAAAACCGGAACCAUUUUUAUGGAAAACUUGGCUUCGACGACACAAUGCUUAUGUAAGAGUCACCGUUCCACGUGAUCAACUUUUGGAAUUCGAUGUGAAAGAGGGUUGGGAACCACUAUGUACGUUUCUUAACCUAGAAAUCCCCGAUGAGGAAUUUCCCUGCGAGAAUAAAGCUGGACAAUCACAUGACGUCACAGAUCGUAUGAUGCAAGAUACUUGGAUAGCUAAGCAAAUGGCAGCAGAAGUUAAACUGAUAGUCGCCACUGUGGCUCUAUCUAUCGCUGUCAUUAUUGCGUUAGCGUUCUAUUUCAAAUGAGUAAUUUAAACGUAAACCACAUAAACCUCCUACUGAGCUGUAUUUCAAUCCCGACUCACAACAACAUAUAAGUUCCGGAAAUUACCGAUUAUUAGCAUGUUAUUGUGAGGGAUUCGUUUUGUUAUUGUAUAUUCCGUGUAAAUAAAAUCUCAUUUCAUGUAAAUGGUUCUAAAAUAUA